AUGGCAGAGUCCAACUCCAAAGAAGAAGAUAGGAUCAGUAAGUUACCUGACGAUGUGCUCAACAACAUCUUGUCAUGCCUCCCUACCAAAACCGCAGUUGCCACCGGCCGUCUGUCUCGCCAUUGGCGCCAUCUCUGGAAGCAUCUUUCGGUUCUGAACUUCUGCGACAACUCCUACGAUUUCCAAGGACAUUCCAAACGAUUUAGAAGCUUUGCUCUCUUAGUUAACGGUGUGCUCGGGACUUUUCUCCAUACUCCCCACACCAUUCAGAAGUUUAGUCUCAACUGCGCUCAUUCCUUUUUGAACGACAAGUUCCGUGCCUGUUCAGUUGACACGUGGGUUCGUACCGCCAUUGGUCUCCAUCCAGAGAAACUUGACCUGAAUCUCGUUUCCUGUUGCAGCGAUAUCCAAUUAUUCAAGCUCCCUCUAUCGCUCUUCACUUCCACUAACCUCGUUUCACUCAGUCUCAGAGGUACAAUUAAUCUACACAUGCAAAGCUCUACUCAGGUUACUUUACCAUCUCUGAGGAACCUGACAAUCGAUGUUUAUUAUGCUGAAGUGGCUUCCGUGAAUUUACUUCUAUUUGGCUGCCAAAACAUUGAAAUUUUGUAUCUUAAAUUUACCACCCAAAGCUUGGACAAACUCUGCAUCCCACCUUCCUUGAAAAGGUUGACAAUCUCCAUUAAGAAGUUGGGUCGUACUUCAACAAAGUACAAACAGUGGCUGCUUGCUGAACCCCAUGAUCUACAUUUUCAAGAAUUUCGCAAUUUGGUUCGCCUAGAGCUCAUUCUUCCCUGGUUUAGAUUCAAUUAUCUGCUCAACUUGCUUCAAGAAUGUCCUAUGCUUCAAGUUCUCAUGAUUCAAAAGAACAAGAAAUCUUCACCAAUUUCAGGAUGGCAUCCAAAGCAGAUUGUUCCUGAUUGUCUCGUAUCCCACCUAACCGUUAUAGAAUUUAAAGGAUUUAGAGGAUCUCCGGAUGAGGUUUCAUUUGUUGAGCAUGUUUUGCAAAAAGGACUUGUUUUAAAGACAUUGAUUAUCUCUGAUAUUUCCUUGAACCAAAGUAAGAAGUACGGCGUUCUCAAAAGAUUAUCAAAUGUGCCAAGGGCAUCUGAAACAUGCCAACUUACAUUCGACUGA